GAGAGAGGCCGUCGGGUACAGAGUGGGGGUUACCACAGGACACUCGUGUACCGCUGCUGGACCUCAGCUACUAGCAACAAGCAGCGCUCCUGACUGCCUCGGAUUAUCUCUCCGGCUUUCCUCACCUCUGGAUAUUCUGCUCUUUACAUAUACAGCAGCAACUUCAAAGUCCCACACCGCUCACAUUUGCACAUUUGGGCUUUUUUUCGUUUUUUGCGUAUUUUUGCUUUUAAUGCGUGCACUCUCUAAACCGGAGCGAGCGACGCACCAACCGACCGGACCGAUUUACUUUAAGGCUUUGGUUACAUUCAUUGACAGCGUGCGUGGAUUUCAGGACAGAGUGUACUGGCUGUGACAUUACGGAGCACAAUGUCGGUGAAAAAGACUUCACCUGGGUGGCUUCAGGGGCAAGUUGUAUGACACGAUAUAUUUAGCCUAAUAGAAAAUAGGAGCUGUGGAUCAGCGGACGCAGGCGGCAGCCCACACUCACUAUGAAGUAAAACAUGACACACGACUGUGUGACGGUGCGAGAGGCGACUGGAGCGACAGUGUUUCUCUCCCCUGGCUUUUAGUCUUUUCGUCUUUUCAGGGCUUCGAGGUAGCAGCGGCACUUGGGUUGUUAGCACUUGUAGCAUUUGGACUGUAGCGAUGUUUAAUUUGUGAAAGAGACACAAAAGAAUACAUGAAUAACAUCACAAAAGACGGCAAAGUUUGACUGUUAACUACGUUUGUCCGAAGCCUGAAAGGUCACCGGGAAUCCUCCUCCUCCUCUGGCUCCUAUCAGUCUGUUAUGAAGAUGUGAACUCUUCCUUCCCUCCGCUCCUCUUUCUCUCAUCGCCGUCCAGGACGCUUUGAUCUUCUCCCCCCCUCCCUCUAUUUACCACACAGAGACCACAUCCCGACUCCCGCCUCUCGGAGAUGUACGAAAGCGUGGAUGUUGUGGGUUUAAGCCCAAGCCCCAGCAGCCCAAGCACGGGCUCUUUUCUAAGCAUGGACUACUACCACAGACCCCCGGGGCUCGGGCCGGAGAAGGGACUCUUGUCCGUUGUAGGAGGACUCCAGCGCCCCUUUGGAGGGUCUCUGCUGACCGGCAGGCACUGGAGCGGAUCCAGCCACUCCAUAGAGACCGAGAGCACGAGCUCAGGGGACCUGCUUGUCCCCAGUCCUCCCUCACCUCCUCCACCACCUCGUAUCUACAAACCCUGCUUUGUCUGCCAGGACAAAUCAUCAGGAUACCAUUAUGGAGUCAGCGCCUGCGAAGGCUGCAAGGGUUUCUUUCGGAGGAGCAUCCAGAAGAACAUGGUGUACACGUGCCACCGGGACAAAGUCUGUGUCAUCAACAAAGUGACGAGGAACCGGUGUCAGUCAUGUCGACUGCAGAAGUGCCUGGAUGUGGGCAUGUCUAAAGAGCUGGUGCGAAAUGACCGAACAAAGAAGAAGAAGGAAGAGAAGAAGCAGCCCGACACAGAGCUCUACGUCCUGUCAGCAGACAUGGAGCAGAUGAUCGAACGAGUUCGCCGGGCCCAUCAGGAUACAUUCCCCUCCCUCUGUCAGCUGGGAAAAUACACCACGAGCAACAGCUCGGAGCAGCGCGUGGCUCUGGAUGUGAGUCUCUGGGACAAGUUCAGCGAACUGUCUACCAAAUGCAUUAUUAAGACAGUGGAGUUUGCUAAGCAGCUCCCAGGUUUCACCACCCUAACCAUCGCUGAUCAGAUCACGCUGCUCAAAGCCGCAUGCCUCGACAUACUGAUUCUGAGGAUCUGCACCCGCUACACUCCAGACCAGGACACCAUGACCUUCUCCGACGGCCUCACCCUCAAUCGUACUCAGAUGCACAACGCCGGGUUCGGACCGCUCACAGACCUGGUGUUCGCCUUUGCCAACCAGCUGCUCCCGCUGGAAAUGGAUGAUGCAGAAACGGGGUUACUCAGUGCCAUCUGCCUGCUCUGUGGAGAUCGUCAGGAUCUGGAGGAAUCAGAGAAGGUGGAUAUUCUUCAGGAGCCGAUGCUCGAAGCUUUGAAGCUCUAUGUGAGGAGGAGGCGGCCUGACAAACCCUGCAUGUUCCCCAAGAUACUGAUGAAGAUUACUGACCUCAGGAGCAUCAGUGUUAAAGGAGCAGAGCGAGUGAUCACACUGAAAAUGGAGAUCCCUGGCUCCAUGCCUCCUCUCAUCCAGGAGAUGCUGGAGAACUCUGAGGGACUGGAGGGGCACGGAGCAGGGGGAGGAAAAGGAAGAGGAGGAGCCAGGAGGGAGGUGGAAGAAGAACCGGGAAGCUGCCGUUCGAGUCCGAUGCACAAACCGGUCCAUUUUCCCAGCCCGAGCCCCGUUCCCCGCUCCCCCUCCUCUCCUUCCCCUCCCUCCACCUGAGGCUCCACAAUCUGCAAACGGCAGUAGAGGAACUUGAGCAGAGCAUCUUGCUCCAGGAACUUUCUGGGUUGUUGGUGACCUGCUUGGACUGCUUGUGUUGACAAAUCAUGGUUCUUGAUGUUAAAUGCAAAAAAGCCAACACAUUUCUUUUUAAUGAUGUAUAAAAAGCUGAUGACAUGGACAGACCGAACAGAAUUCCUCGUGAAUCAGAUUUCCUUCAGUGCAAAAAGUCACGUGCUGUAUAGUUGGGAGAAUUAUUGUGUGUAAUAUAGUGUAUAUAUCAAAGGCUGUGAAAAAAGAAGAAGCUGAGACUGAGACAGGCUGAUACAAGAGGUUAUUUUCCUAACUGUACAUAUGUAAAUACUGUAUUUUUCCCAGCACAGCUAACCAGCCUUCACCUCACCAACACAAAUACACUUCACCUCCUCUCUUCUUACCGCUCACAAGGAUAAAUAAAAAUCUUGGAGACUUUGUAGAUCAUCAUCAUCAACUUUGGAUUAUUUUCAGAUUCAAGUCCAGCAAAUUAAAGUAGCUUCAACAAACUGUGAAACACAUGAAAUUAGUUUUAUAUAAUAAUAACCUGUCUUCCCCGUUGGUGGACAUUAUCAACCAAAGCAGAGUUGAUAGACGUGUCAUCAGUGACAUCACGAACAUCUAAAUGUUCAAGCUGUGUUUUGAGGCUGCAGUGGUGCCCUUGAAGUAUUGUUACAACUGAAUUCAUUUUCAGUGGUCACCGUAUGUACAGAAUCACCAGUCAGAUUAACUGUUUAAGAGGGUUACCAUCUUUAUGACAAAAUAAAGCUUUAAUUUAAUUUAGUUUUUCCCCUGGGAAGUUUGCUUCGAACACCAUGUUUGCCACUGCAGAAUUCCCCCUAACUGCAGCUUCAGCACGUGGAAAUAUGCUAUACAAAAAGCUGCCAAACAAAUGUUCCAUGUAUGUAGGGAGGGCACUGGCCACUCUGUAAAAUUUGCUGCCCCCCCCAGUGGCCCCGCCCCCGGCAAGACUGUGUUAUGUUGGUAAUAAUUCUAAAAAAUGUGAGCACGAGAGAGGAAGACACCCUACAGUGGGUUUAAACAUUAACUCAGGCGCUCCUGGUUUGUAUGCCAUCAAAAGAAAAUACCAUUUGUUCUGUAGAGGCCACUGCAGUAGAAACAUGUUUUUGUCUAUCAGUGCCCGGCUCCCUCACUGCUUUUUGCUCAGUUGUUUUUUAUUGUGUGCACCUCUUGAUGUCACCGUCUGUUUACACAGUGUUACUGCCUCACUACAACUUCCCUGCUGUCAGGUACAAUUCAUCUCUAUUUCAGUGUUGUCCCCUUUACUGUCUGGUGAGGCAACAAUGGAAAGUCUCACAUACAGAGCGUUCAAUAAAGAAGCGUCACUCUCUUA